UUUUUUUUUCAAUUUCCUAAUUUACAUUUUGAAUAAUAAAAAGCCCAAUUAUUUGAAAUGAAAAUCAAUUUUUUCUAUCCUUUACUUUUAGGGAGUUUUUUUGUUUUUCAAGCCCAAGCCUCUUUACGUGUUUUUGUAACAAAUAAUACUUCUUACUUUGACUAUCCGGCAGCAUUUAUUUAUAAAAAUUCAGUAAAUGGUACAAGUGGUAACCUUGCAGAGCCCAUCUCUGAUCCAACAGGCUGUAAAAUGGUAAAAGCACCUUAUACAGAUUGGAUUGCUUUGGUAAAAGAAGGAAGAUGCUCUUUUCUUACAAAAAUUAAAAAUAUGCAAGCUUCUGGCGCAAUGGCUAUCGUCAUAGGUAGUAGUGAUACCAAAAUAAGACAUUUGUCUACUCAAGUGGAUAGCGUGUUAGAUGUCAAAAUACCAACUAUUUUUUUAGCUAGCACUGAAUAUUCAGAAGUAUUGCAUUGGAUCGAAAUAGAAGGAUUGUCUGUAAAUGUAUUUAUGAAGCUUGAUAGUUUAGAUCAAGAUUUUGAAGUUGGUGUAUCGAUACUUCUCCCUUUACUAUUAGUCCUUUUAGGUCCAAUAUGUGUAUUAUUACUAUAUUGUAUUAAUGAUUAUAUUUGUGAAUGGCAUCGUAAACGUAAAGAAGUAGCUUCUGUAAAUAUGGUUUCAAGUUUAACCAAGAAAACAUUUUGUUACGAUAAGUUGAAAGAGAAUGAAACCGAAACAUGCGUAAUUUGUUUAGAAGAUUAUGUAGACGGUGAUGAAUUGCGAAUAUUGCCCUGUAAUCAUCAUUAUCAUAUAUUCUGCAUUGAUAUCUGGUUAACGAAGCAGAAGAAAGAUGUAAAUACAUAAAAUAUAAAAUUAGUUUCAGACUUUUAGUAUAUUUAAGAUGAUUGUACUCUUUUUCUUCUUUCUUAGUGUCCAAUAUGUAGACAUGAUAUAACGUUUGCCACCACUGAAAAUAUUACAUCAUUAGUUUCUGUUGUAUAAAAAAAGAAAACCUUCUUAUUGAUGCAAAAUCUAAUUUUAUAUAUACACCAUGUAGACUGUACAUUAUACAUAGAAAGGGAUUCGCUAUAUAUAAUAUUUAUUCACAUAAUAUGGUCUUCCUUUGUCGAAUAUAACGUGUCUUAUAAACUGGCUCUAUUGUGAAAAUAAGAUACUCUUAAUUUCUUGGUAGUUACUAUAUUGACUAUGUAGACAGCAAUAAAAU